CGGCGUUCAUGGCCCGCGACGUAAUUGCGUCAGGCCGUUCGGAGCAAAGACAGCAAGCGCGGGGUAGGAGAAGCUAUAAGUAGCGGUGGUGGCGGCGCUGCCGGCUCGGCGUGUGGCGGCUGCGGUGGGCGGGUCGAUUUGCCAAAAUGGCAGAAAAUGGAAUGGCACAAGAAAUGACUCCCCUCGAGAAGAAAAUAUGCGAACAGAUUGAAUAUUACUUUGGUGAUCACAAUUUGCCAAGAGAUAAGUUUCUCAAAGAACAGAUCAAGUUGGAUGAUGGCUGGGUAACCCUGGAAACCAUGAUUAAAUUUAACAGGUUAAGUCGUCUAACAACAGACUUCACCAUAAUAGUAGAAGGCCUCAAUAAAUCCAAAAGUGGACUUUUAGAAAUAAGUGAAGACAAAUCCAAAAUUCGGCGUUCUCCAAGCAAGCCUCUACCUGAGUUUGAGGAGUAUAAAACCUCUAUUAAAGUCAGAUCUGUCUAUGUUAAAGGCUUUCCCACAAGUGCCACACUGGAUGAGAUUAAGGAUUGGUUUGAUGAAAAUGGACCUGUGGAAAAUAUACAAAUGAGAAGAACACUGCAGAGACAGUUUAAGGGAUCAGUAUUCGUCGUCUUCAACAGUCUAGAUUCGGCCACGAAAUUUGUAGAAACUCCAGGGUUGAAGUAUAAAGAAACUGAAAUGAUUAUCCUUUUCAAAGAGGCUUAUUUUCAAAAAAAAGCUGAAGAAAAGAAACAGCAUAAAGCAAAAAAUAAGAAAAAUGAUAAAGAGCAGCAGAAAAAUACUCAAGAUAUACUGGGCAUGAAAUCCUUCGAAGAAAGAACAGAAUGCUUGCUGAAAUUUGCUGGUGAUUUGACUGAUCAGACAUGCAGGGAAGAUAUGCAUGAAAUUUUCUCCACUCGUGACAUCCAAUGGAUAGAUUUUAUACGGGGUGCUAAAGAGGGAAAUAUCCUUUUCAAAACCAACGCAAAAGAAAUACUUGAAAAAGCAAAAGAAGGCCAUGCUGGAAAAUUGCUUUUGAGAGGCAAAGAAGUGACCUGGGAAAUGGUCGAGGGUGAAGAGGCAAAAACUAUUUUAAAGAAGAUAAUUGAAGACCAACAGGAAUCUAUGAACAAACAAAGGUCCAAAGCUCGAAGAGGUCGAGGUAAAGGAAGAGGAGGCAAGGGAGGCGGUGGACCGCAAAGAGUGCAGUUCCAAGGGAAGAAGACAACAUUUGAGGAUGAAGACAGCGAUGGAAUACAGGAAGAAACCACUGCUACAAGUCCGAAGAAGCGAGCUCUUGAAGAAAUUGGAUCGGGGGAGGAACCUGCAGCAAAACAAUCAAAAACUGAAAAUGAAUUUGGUGAUCAAUGAAAUUGCUUGUGGCCUAUAAACCGAACAAGUUGACAAUGUGCGGCUUCCAAGGAGUUUUCACUGUGUAAUUCUGACAGCCUCAACAUUGGUUCUGCUGAAUGUCUUGGAGGAUGGAAUUUAUUUAGCUGAGAACCGGAUGAAGUCCACUUCAAUGUCAAUCUGCAAUUAAAAAGUGUGAAAUGCUGUAAAUUGAAAGAUGCCUUAAGUGCAUGCUUUAAAGAGUGGAUGUUUUUAUAAUAACAUUGUUAAAACGUUAUUUUGGUGUAGUGCCGUAUAUUAGUUUCCUCAUAUGGAUUAUUUAAUCUUGGGAACUAAGUAUUGUGUACUUAAAGUGCAAAAGUUUGACAUUUUUAUUUAUAAAAAUACUGUAGCGCUAGUAUGCAAAUUUAAGCCUCAACACAUGCAGUAGAUUUGUUACCAAUUUUAUGUUCAUCUACCGAGACCAUUGGUUUAGAUGUGAAUGAAGAUUUGCAAUCUAAAUGUGCAUUAAAAUCACCACCUUUAGAAAAUGAUAGGAAUUGCAAAUAGGAUUGUAUACUAUUGUUGGUAACAUUAGGUUAAGAGACCAAGUUGAAUGAAACCAGUUUUCCCAGACCAAACUAUUGACAGUUGAUGUGAUUUUUGCUAAUUUGUGGGUUGCAUGGUACUGGGGGAAAAUAUGAAAUAAAAUGAGAAUUACAAAGUGGGCUGUAUAUAAUAGAAAUUGUAUCAACUUUUCUACUUGCUUCGAGUUCCUUAACAUGUACUCUACAGAAUAAAGGAACAACAAAGCCA